AUGGCUUCCGGAGUUGUUAACAUUCGCCGCGAUGUGGACGACAAGUUCUACCGCUACCGCAUGCCCGUCCUGACUACCAAGAUCGAGGGCAAAGGCAACGGCAUCAAGACCGUACUCCCAAAUAUGUCCGACUUCUUCGGCUGCGAGCUCGGCGCGCAGACCUCCUUCGACGAGAAGAACGACCGCUACAUCGUGAACGGCGCGCAUGACGCGACCCGCCUCCGCGAGCUCCUCGACGGCUUCAUCGACAAGUUCGUCCUCUGCAAGGCGUGCAAGAACCCGGAGACGGACCUCGUGAUCCUUAAGCAGGGCCGCUCCGAGGACAUCAUCCGCGACUGCAAGGCGUGCGGCGAGCGCACGGGCGUCGACAUGCGCCACAAGCUCACCACGUUCAUCAUCAAGAACCCGCCCGUGAAGAACGGCGAGGCCGGCGAUGGUGGGGCGGAAAGCGACGACGAGCUGACGAAGAAGAUCAAGGCGGAGGCCGCCGAGCUCAACCAGGAGACGCAGAUCGGAAAGGAGGACUGGUCCGCGGACACGUCGCCCGAGGCCGUCAAGCAGCGCAUCAAGGCGCUCGAGGGCGCUAUGGGCAACGUCGCGCUCAACGGCGAUGACGAGGGCAGCGACGACGACGCGAACAGCCCGUACGGUCAGCUCGGGCGCUGGAUCGAGGAGAACCGGGACGAGGAGGAGCCGAAGGCGUUCGCGAUCGCGAUCUUCAAGAAGGCGCAGGACCUCGGCAUCGAGAAGAAGCACAAGACGGUGCUUGUCCUUGUGCAGGCGCUCUUCACCGAGGAUGUGCUGAAGGAGGUCCGCGCCUAUGCGCCGCUGCUCGUUAAGCUCGUCACCUCCGAGAAGCACCAGAAGGCUCUCCUGGGCGGCAUCGAGCGCCUCGUCGGCAUCACCCACCCCGAUUUCAUCCCCGCCGUGCCCAAGAUUCUCAUGGAGCUCUACCAGGCCGACAUCCUCGAGGAGGAAGUCGUCAAGAACUGGGGCACCCACGUCAGCAAGAAGUAUACCGACAAGGAUACUAGUAAGAGAGUCAGGAAGGCUAGCGAGCCGUUCCUCAAGUGGCUUGACGAGGCGGACGAUGAUGAUGACGAUGAGUAG